AUGGAGAACAGUAGCUCCACCGUUAUCUCGGAGCCGCGACGACGACAGAAUAUUGCUUGCUUGACAUGCAAACGUAGGAAGGUGAGAUGCGACGCUGCCUACACAGAUCCGCCCUGUACUCCAUGUCGGCGUGGUGGGCUACAAUGCAGUCCAAGUGACAAAGUCAUUGCAGGGCGUCCGGCGGCAUCCCGGCAACGUGCUGCUCGCCACUCCAUCUCAAGACAGCACAGUGAUAUCAACGAGCGCGUGCUGCCCGAAGAAGUCGCACCCACACGGACACCCUCCGCGGAACGCUCUCCUGCGCAGAGCACAAAGCCAGAAAUCAGCACCAGUCUCUCCAAUUUCGUUGAACAAGGCGUCACCACCUCGAACUGGAAGCUCUUCUCGGGUCAGGAUCCUACGAGAGUCGUAUAUAUUGGCACUCCCAUUGGCAACUUGGCAGCCCUGGUAGGAAACGAGCAACCUGCAAACCUCACCAACCAUUUUCCAUUCCCAGCUAAUAAGUCACCAUUACCAUGGAAACCCAAACCCGGUGUGCUGCCUUUCACCGUGAGUGAUGAUCUUUUGCGAGACGUUGGCAGCGUACCGACUCGGGAGGUGCGAGACGCUCUGGUAGAGGCAUACUUCCAGCAUAUACAUCCGAUCUUCCCGGUGCUUAGUGAACCUCUAUUUCGACGCCAGUAUGACGACCCAAGAAAUCCUCCGCCGUUGAUACUGCUCCAAGCCGUUCUUUUGGCGGGCGCUCAUGUGACUGAUCAUCCCCUGGUUGCUGCAUCACGAUCGACGGUCAAGAAUACCUUAUACAGGCGAGCCCGUGAGCUUUUCCAUAUCCGCUACGAGAACGACAGGCUUUUCUUAGUGCAAGCCGCAUUACUGAUGACAUGGCAUCAGGAGAAUGCGGAUGAGGUCAGUUGCAAUACGUGGUCAUGGACUGGCAUGGCCAGCCGCAUCGCUUUCGGCCUUGGUGCGCAUCGAGAACUCUCAUCUCGGGUAUCAAUACCAAUGCCCACCUGGGACCGCCGCCGCUACCGUUUCGUAUGGUGGACUCUCUUUCACACCGAGACCUUCGCCGCUCUGCAUUUCGGGCGCCCAUGCUCAAUACGAUUGGAAGAUUUUGACGUUCCUGAUCUCUGCGCAAACGACUACCUCGACCCAGACGACAAUCCGGACAACAGCGUCCGCCGGGAUUGCUUCGAGCUCAACAUCGCCCUCAGCUACAUCGCUCAAGACGCCAUGCGCCUGUUCGCACCCCGCGCCCACGUAUCUCUCCAAAGCAGUCUCGUCGCCUCCAUCAACUCCCGCCUCGCUUCCCUGGCCGUGACCCUGCCCACAGGCGACGACGCCUUCUCCUGCCAAGCGCGCCUCAACUACCACCUCGUACUCCUGCACGCCCACCGCCCCAACCGCAACACCCAGACUAGUACGAAUACCAACGACCCCAUCAACACCACCACCAGCAGCAGCGAAGCCCUCAAAGUCCGCUCCGAAGCCGCCUCCACCAUGCUCUCCACCCUCGAAAUCAUGGUCGCCAAAGACCACAUCCGCCAAUGCCACUUCCCGUGUAACACCGCCCUUAUGGCCGUCGUCGUGCAGUUCAUGCAGGACAUCACGCUCGCCAUCUCCGGCGAGGCGCACGCCCGCUCUGUGAUCCUCGCCUCAGGCGCGCACGCCAAGCUGGGCCGCGCCAUCGGCCCCGGCCGCGAGAUCGCCCGCUACUGGCCCAACGCCGAGUCCGUGCUGAAGCUGUGUCAGCGGCAGCACGAGAAGUUUGGCGCCGUCAUACAGGCGUGCGUGAAUGAGCCGAUGAGGAGUCCCGUGGAUGGAGGGUUGUUGUUUGGGGGUGGAGGGGCUGCAGGCGCUGCUACGGGCGCUGCUGGCUUUGUGGGCGCGCUGGGUGGGACGGAUGGAGAUGCGGGUGAUGGGUUCUGGCGCGAUUUGUUUGCGGCGUAUGAUGCCGACGGGGUAAACUUUGGCGUUGAGGGGGAGUGGGAGGAUUAUGGGUGGAUGAACACCAGUAGUUCGAUAUGA